AUGUCUGCACCGCCCGCCCUGCAGAUCCGGGAGGCGAACGCGCACCUGGCAGCCGUGCACCGGCGCGCGGCGGAGCUGGAGGCGCGCCUGGAGGCGGCGGAGCGCACGGUGCGCGCCCAGGCCGAGCGCCUGUCCCGCCAGGACCAGCAGCAGCGCACGGCCCUGGAGGAGCUGGGCCGCGCCAAGGACCGGGAGAUUUCAGCUCUGCAGGAACAGCUGCUGGUAUCCGAGGCCUCUGUCCACAGCCUCCAGGCUGCCUUGCGCCAGCGAGACGAGCUCAUAGGGCAGCUGCGGCCUCGGGCUGAGCUGCUGCAGGACAUCUGUCGCCAGCGGCCAUCCUUGACCACACUGCUGGCUGCCCUGGCCCAGGCCGAGCAGCUGGGGCCCGUGCCGGACAAUGACCCCUGCCAUCUGCUCCCUGGAGGACCUGGCCCGCCCCUAGCCAACAGUACUGGAGAGGAAGGGCGUGAGGAUUACCUUGAGCCUGCGGUGUUUGGGACCACGGUGUGAACCCUGGAGCACAGGGUUGAAGAGCCAGACAUAGAGGAAGUGCCUUUGGGAAUCACCACUGUGGAAAUCACAUCCUGGAGGGCACGCUGGGGACACAGCCAUCAUCCUGUCCAAACAUGGAAAGAAGCAAAAAGCCAAGUUUUCAUUUUUUAAAUUUUUUUCUGCAGUGCUGGAGAUUGCAAAGAUGACUUUUUUUUUUUUAAUAAACGGGAGCCCAUAGGCUGAAUACCACUUAGCCCAGACAAGUUAAAACAAACAGUGAAACUUUGCAUCUCUCAUUGUUGAAAAACUGGCAAUGCUUAUGUGAACACUGUGGAUUGAUUUUUUUUUUUUUUGCUUCAGUCUUGGCAGUCAGUGCCUGCCUGAAUCUGAACCCUAGAUAUUCAGGCUAGGAGAUGUGUUGUCCCUUACUUCUUAGACUACCCAUGGGGCCUGGAAGACUGAGGCAAGUCCUCUCUGUCUCUGUGGACAUAUGUGGUACGUGGGUUGAGUUUUUCUUCUACCUCUCUCCCCACUAGCCCUCUGCCUUCUUGUCAUCGGAAUCAUCUUCCAUCCUUGGGUUAUAGUUUUUUCUUUUUAUCUCAGUCAAAAAUGGGUAGCCUUGCCCAGCAUUGGUGGCUCACACCUGUAAUCUGAGCUACCCAGGAGGCUGAGAUCUGAGGAUCGCGUUUCUCGA